GUUGUCACAACAAACCUUUCAUAGCAACCGGAAUUUGUCAUUAUUGUUUUGAUUUGUUUUUUAGUUUGCCGGUCAGGAAAUUAGCUUUUUAAUAAAAUUGUGCUAUAUUUAAAUAAACAAUAAUGGCAAAUCGAAGUGUUAGACGCCUUUCAUUUAUAGCCGAAUGGUACCAGGAAGAGGCAGGCAUAACACGAGUCUUUACAAUACAAUACUACGCACAAGACAAUGCCAUUGAAAUAUAUGAUCAACGUACCAAUAAAACCUUUUUAAGACGCAAUAAAAUGCCCGAGUUAUCCGAAAGAGAUUUUUUUGUGGGUUCAAAAAUUAAUAUAUUCGGCAGGCAAUUUAAUAUAGUAGAUUAUGGUGAUGAUAUAACGAAAAACACUUUAGCCAAAUACCGCAAAAAAACCUUUAUUUUACUUAAGAACAGUAUAUUACAGCAUUUGGGUGCGGUGUUAUGUUCUCUAAUUGAUAGUAAUUUUAGCUUAAGUAAAGGUCUAAUGGUACAGUUUACGGCCGAACAGGUUAAAGAGUUUUUAAAUGAACGCAACAAAGGAGAUGUGCAAACAUCAGUUCUUAUGAAUCAAUUGCUGACGGGUCCCUCUAUAGGCUUCGAAUUGAUAGCCGAUAAUGCUGUGGAAAAAAUUAAAAAUUGUAUAAAUCAAGUUCAGGAUGUGAACAGUGAGGUAACUAAACCUUUGAGAAGCCUGUUUGAAAGAGAAGAUAUACGCAAUGGUGUUUAUUGCUCACAAAACGAUGAUGAUGUUGAAAGGGACACUAACUUCUUUUUCAAUAACACACGUGCUUUACAAAUAGCCGUACAAAUGAAAAAUUCCACUUUGGCUGUUAUUAAACCACAUGCCAUUAAAGAGGGUAAUUUGGGUAAAAUAAUACAGGAGAUAAACUCAAAUGGCUUUAAAAUUACUGCCUUAAGAAUGCAUAUUCUGGAAAAGGUGAAUUGCAGUGAAUUUUAUGAAGUUUAUAGAGGGAUUGUACCAGAAUAUAUACCCAUGGUUACUCAAUUGGCCAGUGGCGUUAGUAUGUCUUUGGAAAUUGUUUGCAGUGAUGCAAAUAAAAAUAGUUAUGAAGAAUUUCGUAAAUUUUGUGGACCUAUGGAUCCGGAAAUUGCCAAACUUUUACGUCCGCACACACUAAGAGCUAAAUAUGGCUCUAGUAAAACCUUAAAUGCCGUCCAUUGCACUGAUUUACCCGAUGAUACCAUAUUGGAAAUUCAAUACUUAUUCAAAAUUUUAGAUUAAUUUAUAUUUUAUAAAUACUUUAAAACAUUCCUAACUAAUAUUAUUUUAUGUUUAGUUAAAUAUAAAUAAUUUUAUAAAA